CAGCACUUGAUCACAUACACCCAAAAAUCUCAAAACACCCCCUUUACUUUCUCUGUUUUCUUGCCCACCCCCAGAGCUAGAAUUUGGCUUUAGUCCUUAAUUUUUUUUUUUCAUGGAGUUGAGCCUUAGGCAACGCUCCACCACUAUCAGGUUAGAAAAAGUAGUGGUUGCUGUUAAAGCAGAAAGGGUCAUCUCUAAAACUGCUUUAGCUUGGGCACUCACUCAUGUUGUUCGUCCUGGUGAUUGUGUUACCUUGCUUGCUAUCUUCCCUAGUGAAAAAAAAGGUAAAAGAUUUUGGAAUUUCCCGAUAUUGACCGGUGAUUGUGGUAGCAAUAUGAAGGAGGAGUUGCCGGAAAAAAUUUGUCAGAUCUCUGAAUCAUGUUCUCAGAUGGUACUUCAGUUUCAUAAUCAAAUUGAGGUUACUGUGAGGAUUAAAGUGGUGUCUUGUACAACUGGCAGUUCAGUGGUGGCUGAAGCAAACAACAAUGGUGCCAAUUGGGUCAUACUGGACAAAAAACUAAAGCAAGAGCUGAAACAUUGCAUGGACGAACUUCAUUGCAACAUUGUAGUAAUGAAAGGUUCUCAAGCAAAAGUUCUUCGGCUUAAUUUGCAAUGCGCGAAUGAACCUCGAACUCCUUAUUACUCGGCUGCUUCUUCACCAGUUAUGGAUGUUGGAGAUCACCUAGGACAUAGGAUGAAGCAUUCUACUCCAGUUACUAGCCCUGAAGAACCGAGUACUUCCUAUUCAAGAACAAGCCAAGAGAGAUUGUUACCGAGUUCCGAUUCAGCAACAUCACUUUUCCUUGUCUAUCAAGAAAACCCUCUUUUCGUGGAUGAUAAGAACGAGUUGGGUAACCAACUUACUGUUCUUGAUUCAGUUGGAGAAAAGCUUAUAAAUCUAUCAGCAAACUCGACGUCUUCUGUGAAAAAUAAUGACAAGAGUAUAUUUUGGAUACCCCAAAAUCACAAUGACGAAAAGCCUCGCAAAACCCGAAGUGGUCGAAAUAUAGUCAUCCCUCCUAGUUCGAGAACCUUGCUCGACAAGUUUGCUCAAUAUGAUCAAGAUGCAAAGGAAGGUAGACUUGUCAAUACAGACUACAUGGUUAACUCAGACAUUAGAGAUGCGGUUGCAUUAGGUCGAGCAUCCUCGGUACCUCCACCGUUAUGCUCGUUUUGUCAACACAAAGCACCAGUCUUUGGCAAACCGCCAAGACGGUUUUCUUACGAGGAGCUAGAGGAAGCUACUGAUGGAUUUGCAGAAGUGAAUUUCUUGGCAGAAGGUGGUUUCGGUGUUGUUUAUAGAGGGAUUUUACGAGACGGUCAAGUUGUAGCGGUGAAGUUGUUAAAAUUUGUUGGUUGUCAAGCAGAUAUCGAUUUCUGUAGGGAGGUACAGGUUUUGAGCUGCGCGCAACAUAGGAAUGUCGUGUUGCUAAUUGGGUUCUGUAUCGAUGGUAACAAGAGAGUCUUGGUUUAUGAGUACAUCUGCAAUGGAUCCUUAGAUUUCCAUUUACACGGAAGCAACAGAGCCUCGUUAGAUUGGCAAUCAAGAUUGCGAAUAGCAAUUGGAGCAGCACGAGGCUUACGAUACCUACACGAAGAUUGUAGAGUUGGUUGUAUAGUACAUAGAGAUAUGCGGCCUAAAAACAUUCUCCUAACUCACGAUUUCGAGCCUCAGGUUACUGAUUUCGGCCUCGCUAGAUGGCAUUCCGAUCAAUGGACAGUUGGAAACGAAGAACGAACCGUUGGAACUUCAGGGUACCUUGCCCCUGAAUAUUCAGAUGGCAGAAGGAUUACGCAAAAGGUCGAUGUUUACGCAUUCGGAGUAGUGUUAUUAGAGUUACUAACAGGUCAAAGAAUCAGUGACUUACAAUAUUACAAGGGCCGGAAUUUCUUAUCGGACUGGUUCCAUCCUCUAGCUGCAUUAGACUUGAAUCAAAUCAUGACAAAUAUUUAUCAAUUGCUUGAUCCAUGUUUAGCCUCCGGCAGAGUCCGGGACUAUACUCAUCAACUCCAAGCCAUGGCUCGAGCCGCUUUCUUGUGCCUAAGUCAUGAUCCGGAAUCUCGACCCCCGAUGUCAAAGAUACUUAGAAUUCUUGAAGGAGGAGAUACCAACGUUCCUUUGAGUUUAGACCUGAACUCGAUCGGCAAUCGAAGCGGCCAUUUACGUGGAUUGAAAACUCAAACACAACCCGAAUCUACGAGGCGGCAUUCUCGAAAACUUUCGCAUUGACCGAAUCGUUUCGAAAGACCGAAACCAAUGCUUGUAUAGUUUGAGAGUAUCAUCACAUUGAUUCCUUUUUCCCCUUUUCAUGUAAUUUCUUCUUCUUUUUUACAAUCUACUACCAUUAUUUGCUUUUAUUUGAAGAAACUGUAAUAUUGGGAAUUUGCAUACUUGUAAUAUGAUUUCAUUUGUUUGCUCAAA